AUGAAGCUGCGCUCCGUAUUCGCCGUCGUCUUCGUCUCCCUCGGUCUCUCGACCGGCCUGGAAAUCCGGGAAAACGCCCUGGAGAACUGCGGCGACGACCGGCUGGGCACUUGCAUCAGGAUCAAGGCUCUCGCCUUCCUGGACAAAGCGCUCGCUUACGACGCCCCGCUGGUCGUCAACGACUUCCUAACGAUAACCCGGGACGCAGGAACUGCGAACAAUUCGUCGGCGAGGUUCGAUACGAAAACGCACGUCGACCAGGGAACGAAGGACGACGUCCUGGACGAAAUGAUCAUGGAUCGCAUAUUGAACUAUCUCCGUUCCAGAUCUCUACAAUUCACAAUACCGGCUAAUAUUAUUGAAGGAAGGAAGAGAGGCGGAGGAAAGAAAGGAGGGAUGAUAAUGAUGGCCGCUUUGGCCAUGGGAGGAAUGAUGGUGCAGUUGGCAAUGGGCAAGGUCGCUCUUCUGGCCGGCAAAGCGUUGCUCGUCGGCAAGAUGGCCCUUUUUCUUUCAGCCAUCAUCGCGCUCAAGAAACUCUUCGGAAGCGGUGGAGGCGGAGGCGACUCCCACCCCCAGGUCGUUUACGCCGAGAGCCACGGAAGCGGCGGAGGACACGGAGGCUGGGGAAGGAGCUUCGAUCCAGAAGGAAUGCAGCAACUGGCUUAUCACGCGCAAGCAGUCUUGUAGCGACGUCUUUCUAUCAAAAACAAGAACUGAAAACCGUGACUCGGUAAUUAUCCAUGCAAGAACUUUGGUCCCGAUGCUUAACGGCACGGUCGACACAGUUCCAUCUCUCAUCCUUAAAGGA